AUGCAACAUCAUCACCACCAACAUCAUCAUCCCCAACAACAACAACAACAUCAACAACAACAACAUCAACAAAAUCCCGAACAGAAACAACAAUAUCUCCAAGAUAUAAACAACUAUCUUCUGCCGUCAACCACGGUCAAGGGUCAAUCAAUACCGAAUAACAUCAAUCAUAAUAGUAACAACAACAACAGUAACAAUAACAAUAACAACGACAAUAACGGCUCAUCAUCAAUGAAUAAUCACAACAACAACUUAUACUCAAUGAAUUCAAACAACAGCUUCAAUUUUGGCGGCCCAUUCUUUGAUAUGGAACACUUCCCAAUCACUAACCCUCCUAUUUAUGAACCAGACGUACUUGCCGGCGUGGUUCGUAGAAGAGUCUCGAUAUCUAACGGGCAAAUCGGUCAAUUAAGAGACUCCCACAUCCAUAGUGAUGAUAGUACCACCGAAGAUCAAAUAUUCACUCCUAAUCAUCAACCACAACCAUCCAUGAACCAAAUACUACCCCAAGCACCACCUCCUCUAUUACCUAACCAAUCAACAAUGCCCCACCAUCAAUUACAACAACAACAACAACAACAACAGCCGUUUGGGUUCCCACAGCAACAGCAAAUGAUAAACCAAAAUCAACCGAUACUACAAUUCCCUCCUCAACAAUACACCGCCCGGCAAGUGAUUCCUAAUAAUACAACAUCGAACAAUAAUAAUAAUAAUCCUAAUUCUACCUCUGCCAUCCUCAACGGCAAUACUACCACUACUACUACUACUAAUACUAAUACUACUACUAAUAAUACUAAUAAUAAUGACAAUACAAAUACAAACAACAGCAAUACUGUGGUGACAUUACUAAACUCUCAACGUCCUAUACCACCACAAACCCCAACUCUGGCCACCACCCAGCUUUCGGCCCGAGAUACAAAUACUUUUUUAGUCUCUCAUCAUCAAUACCCAUCUCCCCAAUUAUUGAUGACCACAGGCACUCCUCCAGGAGCCCCGAUUCCCGGUACCGCGGCCUGGAAAAGAGCACGAUUAUUGGAACGUAAUCGAGUGGCCGCGUCCAAGUGUCGUCAAAAGAAAAAAGUUGCUCAACAACAAUUGCAAGAGGAAGCCAAUGUUGCUACCAGAGAAUGCAAACUAUUGAGACAACGGGUCGAGUAUUUGGAAAGCACCUUGGGUAAAGUGAAAGAUGUUAUGAGAAACCAUAUGAAAUCAUGUAAUGGGUCACUGUUGUCGAUUGAUAUCUUGGAGGACUUUUUGAAGUUGGAUGAAAAAGACCAAGUUACAAAAAAGGCUUAA